CAGCGGCAGUUCCCCUGCGCUCUCUCACUCCUGCAGGCUGUGCUCUCUCUCUCUCACACACACGCUCACACACACAUACACACACUCUUAAACCAAUAGGACACAGGACACACAUUUAUACACUCCUGUACUUCCAAUCUGCAGCUCUUGACACUCACACAUAUCUCUACAUGCAGUCACAGUCUCUCUGAGUUGCACAGCAGCAGUUGCAGAGAUUCUUUCACUUUACACACACUUACUACUCUUCUGCAAAUCUUAGACAAAAAUGAGGACAAUUGCGCUUUGUAUUUGUGCCGGUCUCCUACUUACAGCCACCCUGGUGAAACGCACAAGCCAAGCAGCGGACUUCCCUGUUAAUUCGCACCAGAGAUGGGACGUUAGAGGACCCUACACUUUGGGAUCUGAAACUGGUACCCCAGCCUCAUGUCCAAUCAAGCUGAGACCCUCAGGCCAGUGCGGGAGCUCUGGGGCUGGGGGAGAGGAGCUGGAGGACUGUGCCUACCAACUCACCCUUCCUCCGCUCACCAUUCAGCUACCAAAGCAGUUCAGGCUGCUGGAAAAAACAAUGAAGGAGCUGCAGAGCCUGAAAGACAUGGUGAACAAGCUGAAAAGUGGGUGCCAGGAGUGCCGUGGGGCACGGGGAAAUGGAGCACUUGGAAAUCAGCAAUCUGACCAGGGACAGACGCAGAUCCCAAUCCAGAGGGAUGCUGGAGAUGUGUCUGGACUGGACGUGACAGGACAGGAACUGCAUGGAGGUUCCAGUCAAGAGGAGAGGGGAGAUGGGAUGAUCUCUGGAGCUACUGUGGAUGGUACUGGGCUGGGACAAGGCAAUAUGUUUGGGAAAAUAACACCAAGUCCAAGCUCAAUGCAGGAGAUGCAGGUGAAGCUGAAUAGGAUGUCAGCCAGCCUGCGAAACGCGAGGAGCCAGAUCUCGGCUCUGCAGGGUCGUCUGGAGGGGCUCAACCUGCUCAACAUGGACAACGUGCAGGCUAUGGUGGACAGACGAGUGGAGAAUAUCACUGGAGUGGUCAAUAAGCUCAGCUCUACUUGCACCACACAGUGUGCAGUACAGAACACACCUCAGUCAGUCAUCUUGGCACCUAGAGACUGUUCAGACUACAAUGUGCUAGAGGAGAGGAAGAAUGGUGUGUAUCGUGUGACCCCUGACCCCCGCAAUGGCACUUUUGAGGUCUUCUGUGACAUGGAAUCUUUUGGAGGUGGAUGGACUGUUAUACAACAGCGACUCGAUGGGUCUGUAAGCUUCAACCGCACCUGGGCUGAAUAUAAGAAAGGCUUUGGAAAUCUCAGAGGCGAGUUCUGGUUGGGCAAUGACUAUAUUCACCUGCUGACGAAGGCCAAAGACAUGAUCUUACGUGUCGAGUUGGAAGACUUUGAGGGUGUGCGAGAGUAUGCAAAGUAUGACGAGUUUUACGUGGCAAAUGAAUUCCUACGCUAUCGGCUAACUGUCAGUGGAUACAGUGGAACAGCUGGGAAUGCUAUCAGUUUCAACAAACACUUCAACCAUGACCAGAAGUUUUUCUCUACGCCCGACCGUGACAACGAUAUGUACCCCUCUGGAAACUGCGGAGCUUACUACAGCUCCGGCUGGUGGUUUGAUGCCUGCAUGUCUGCUAACCUCAAUGGGAAGUAUUAUCACAAGAGAUACAAGGGAGUCAGGAAUGGGAUUUUCUGGGGAACAUGGCACAACAUGUCAACCGAGUACUACCCAACCAACUACAGGCAGGCCUUCAAAACUGUCAAGAUGAUGAUAAGGCCCAAGAACUAUGCUCCAUAAGAUGAGAGGUGAAUAUUCAUGAGAAUUAACAAACACCGACAGACAGACAUGGAAGACAAGUAAAAUGAGAUUCACAUCCACAUAGUCAUUCAUUUGCACACAGUAAUAUGUGUACAUCGGAAGAGACCAUAAGCCCAUUAGAUAGUUUGAAUGCAGUAAAAAAUAUAAAAAAUAAAAAUUUAAUACCAUUUCUUCUUCCACUGUAAGUGUGGCCUUCAAAGUGUUGACAAUAAAUGGACUAUUAACAAUGAUGGACUAAUAAAAAAAAAAAAAAAAAUCAUACAUGCAUUGUAAAGGCCAGCCUUCUGCAGGGGCCAUAACAUUAUACCAAGUUACCAUGAGAGAUGUUUAACUAUUUCUCUGACAUUCCUCUACUUUCUGUCCUAAACCUAACCGAGCCACAGCUCAGCACACAGUAGUACUAAAAACUAAUGGGCUAUCAUUUUCUCUGCUCUAAAUGGUUCCAUAAUUAACAACAGGCACUCAAGUGAAGAAUAUGAGCGCUGAUUAUACAGUUUCGGCCGAGUAUAAAAUUCAUGGUGUAAGAUUUCAUGCUGGGUUCAGAGUUAUUCUGUUUUAUUAUAAAAUAAAUAAAUAAAAAGACAAGCAGUGGUUCACAGCACCCUAUAGGCAGCAGUGCACAGUAAUAGCUUCAGUGUUGUUGAUUUUGUUACACUGGGACACUAUACUAAUGCACCAUCAUCCUAUACACUAUAAAAGAUCCUAGUAUAAAUUUUCUAUUAGGUCAUUCGUGACUACAUUUUGCAUUAUUGAUGUUUUGCUGACUUCUUCUUGACAGCAGCCAAGGAGCAGGACACUGUUACUAGUGAUAACAGUUGUCAGCAUUUUUCCACCUAUAACUCUGGGCGCAUUGAACUGUUGCAUAUCUCUUGUUAUCACAAUCCAGUUUUUACAUGUACAAAAUCAUCCCACUUGUACAAUACUGCUGCCUAAUGUUAGAAAACUGUAUAACAUCAUUUAACCCAUUGUAUACACACUGUGAAUGGGAAGGAAGGUGAAAGAAAUGUUUCAUUUUAUGGACGUGUACAGUAUUUAUUUUAUUUUGUGAGGUAUGAAAGCUUUUAUAUAAAACACAGGAUAUACAAUGCAAGGUCUAAUGAUUGUUGAUAUUUGAGGAAUGUUAAGACUGCUUUAUUGUUACCAUUCAUAGUGAUACUGUGUGUAUUUGGAGCUUUCUGUGUGUAUAAUAUUGAUCUUUUUUAUCAUUCACAUUCAUGCCAAAAGAUAUGCACUUUUUAUAUCAAAAAAUGAAUAAAGUUCCACUUACAUCGCUGUGUA